GGGCGGUGCGGCGGUAUUGCGCAAGCGCUGAGCUCUCGUUGCUGUCUCCCGGGUUGUAGCGGGGCUGGGAACCGUGGCGCUCGCACCAUGAGCGAGGCGGACGGGCUGCGGCAGCGCCGGCCGCUGCGGCCGCAGGUCGUCACGGACGAUGGCCAGGUCCCCGAGGCCAAGGACGGCAGCUCCUUUAGUGGCCGUGUGUUCCGAGUGACCUUCUUGAUGCUGGCUGUUUCCCUCACAGUUCCCCUGCUUGGAGCCUUGUUGCUGCUGGAUUCUCCCAUAGACCCACAGCCUCUCAGCUUCAAAGAACCCCCUCUCUUGCUUGGUGUUCUGCAACCAAAUAUGAAGUUACGACAGGCGGAAAGGCUAUUUGAAAAUCAACUUAUUGGGCCAGAGUCCAUAGCAAAUAUUGGGGAUGUGAUGUUUACUGGUACGGCAGAUGGCCGGAUCGUAAAACUUGAAAAUGGUGAAGUAGAGACCAUUGCCCGCUUUGGUUCAGGCCCAUGCAAAACCCGAGAUGAUGAGCCUGCUUGUGGGAGGCCCCUGGGCAUCCGGGCAGGGCCCAAUGGAACCCUUUUUGUGGCUGAUGCGUAUAAGGGACUAUUUGAAGUAAAUCCAUGGAAACGUGAGGUGAAGCUGCUGCUCUCCUCUGAGACACCGAUAGAGGGGAGGAAAAUGUCCUUUGUGAAUGAUCUUACAGUAACUCAGGAUGGGAGGAAGAUUUACUUUACAGAUUCUAGCAGCAAAUGGCAGAGACGAGAUUACCUGCUUCUGGUUAUGGAGGGAACAGAUGAUGGGCGCCUGCUAGAGUAUGACACCAAGACCCAGGAAGUGAAGGUUUUACUGGACCAGUUGCGGUUCCCCAACGGAGUGCAGCUUUCUCCUGCAGAGGACUUUGUCCUGGUGGCCGAGACAACAAUGGCAAGGAUAAGAAGAUUCUACGUGUCUGGCCUGAUGAAGGGAGGGGCUGAUCUGUUCGUGGAGAACCUGCCUGGAUUUCCAGACAACAUCCGACCUAGCAGCUCUGGCGGGUACUGGGUCGGCAUGGGGACCAUUCGCUCCAAUCCUGGGUUUUCUAUGUUGGAUUUCUUAUCUGAGAGACCCUAUAUUAAAAGAAUGAUUUUUAAGCUGUUUAGUCAGGAGACUGUGAUGAAGUUUGUGCCACGGUACAGCCUUGUUCUAGAACUCAGCGACAGCGGGGCGUUCCGGAGAAGCUUGCACGAUCCCGACGGGCAGGUGGCUUCCUACAUCAGUGAAGUGCACGAGCACGAUGGGCACCUAUACCUGGGCUCCUUCAGGGCCCCCUUCCUCUGCAGACUCAACCUUCAGUCUGUUUAGCCAGCCUGACUGUAGCUGUGCCAGGAGUCCUCACACUGGGCACCACUCCUAUUCCAGGAGGUACCAUGCACACAGCCCUUUCCACCUGCACCUGCCAGUCCUUGGAAGUGGACAGUGAGACCCUGUGGAUGUCUGGGCCCCUGUGGGAUACCUCUCCCCUGGGUUUGACAUUGCAUUUAGAGGGAAGCAUAAUUUGCCAUAGGGAGGAUAAGUCCAUGUUAAACUGUUUUCUGUUAAAAAAAAAACCUUUCUAAGUACAGUGAUUCUCUAGGACUUAGGAGACUUCAUACACUUAUAACAGGCCUCAAGGUUUGGUGGAUAGAGCGUAGAUGAGCUGUCUAAGGAUCUUGUUUUUGCUACUGGCUGUCCUGCCAGCCUCAGUGUCUUUACUGUAAAAUGGGGUAAUACCUGUCUUUGGGGGAGGGGCAUGGGAAGGGCAAGGAGAGCUCAGUGCAAACAUGUGUUGAGGCCAGUGGGCAGAGCUAUGUAAGUAAAGACCUUAGAGCCAUAUUCUAACUCUAGAUGUAGAGUUGUGUGGGACUUGGGACCUUGAUCCUGGGUGUUCCCUUCCAUAGCUCACACCCUCCAGCCUGCCCCACUCUGAACCAGAGGCUUUUCAAGACUCCUGAGUCCCUAUAACCAUUUAAAGGCAAGGACCCGAGUAAAUGCAUAGAAGCAGCAGCUCAGGACUCCCUGGGCUCUUCUCUGUGAACAACUUACCACGUUGAUGGAAUGAUCCAGCAGCUGGGUACUGCAGGGGAGAAUUUAGGCAGGUCCUGUUUACAUACCUUUGUUCCUCACCACUAGGCCCACAGAUGAAUAGUGCACAUGCUAGUGCCAUUUGCUAGAGGGUCACAAGCCUGAAGUUGCUGUAUAUCCUGACAGGUAUGCCUGUACACUGGUCCUAAUUUUGUCAGGGGAACCCAUGUAAUAAUGAUAAUUAAAUUGACUUUUCUGCUGAUUAAUCUUU